AUGACAGCUAAGGCAAUGGCUGCAAUGAAGAAAGUACUUGCACCAUCACCACCAAAUCCUCUAAAAGCGCCUCCCUCAUAUCAAAAAGGGGUUCUGCCAAAGUACCUCCUGUCACGACAGGAGCAGCAGCAAAAGGAAGAAUGUGAUCGCCAGUUAAGAGACCCAGAUUGUCGACCAGGAUAUGUUCGUCUUCCAGAUAUGGAAAGGAGGGAAAUCUUAAGUAUAUUAAGGAAAUACUAUGGAGAUUUAAUCCAAGCGAUGAACACGCUAGCAGUGCAAACAACGGCCAAGAAAAUACAACAAAAGAAAAUGGACAUCGAGAAACAACUAGAUAAAUUGCAAGCAGCAAUUAAAGUGUUUUCUAAACCAAAAGUGUUCAUGAAAGUUGGAUCAUAA